AUGGAUAUUCCAGAAUCAAUAUCGGCUACCUCAGAUCAAGAUACAAGCCAGGGAAAGCUUGCCGAAUCCGUCGCAGAGCUUGUCGCAGAGCCUGUCGCAGAGCCUGUGGCGAAGUCCUUCAUGUCCUUUGAGGACUGGAAGGAAAUCAUGCUGCGUCGGACAGGACAGGACCCCCAAAAUCUUGGAUUUCGAAAACCCAGUGAACGUGUUUCUGGGAACAGAUACCUUCCAGAUAGUGAACAUGCUGGGUUUGGCGAAGAGGGGGAAAUAUCUCUCAACUUCGAAACCUAUACUGAUAACGGUGGUCAUGGCAGUUCUUCCGCCGAUGUGACUGACCGUGAUAACGUGGAGAAUGAGAAGACUCGCCAGCACUUGGAUGAAGACGGUAAAGCUGCCACAGUUCAUCUUAGCAAGGAUGCCGGUAAAACAUGCAAGGAACGGUUUUCCUACUCGUCAUUUGAUGCUGGUGCGACCGUCUUGAAAACGUCGCCUGGCGCUAAGAACGCCAAAGCAAUCUUAGUCGAGAAUAAGGACACCUACAUGCUUCUGGAGUGUGAUUCCAAGUCAAAGUAUGUCAUCAUUGAACUCAGCGAUGAUAUUUCUGUGGAUACAAUUGUGUUGGCAAACUUUGAAUUCUUCUCCAGUAUGGUGCGUCAUUUUCGGGUUAGCGUCAGCGAUAGGUAUCCUGUCAAGAUGGAGAAGUGGCGAGAAUUAGGGAUCUUCGAGGCUCGCAAUUCGCGCGAUAUUCAACCCUUCCUGGUCGAAAACCCGCAAAUUUGGGCCAAAUAUGUCAGGAUCGAGUUUCUUUCUCAUUUUGGCAACGAAUACUACUGCCCUAUCUCGUUAUUGCGAAUUCACGGAUCUCGAAUGCUCGAUUCCUGGAAGGACAGUGAACCCGGGCGGGAUGAGGAUGCAUCAGCAGAUAUGAACGAAGUAAUUGGCAACCGUAUCCUGCAGGAUGAAUCUCAAUUGCAUAUUCACGCAAAACCAACGCAUGCCAAUUGGCGUCACGCUGAGUUCACCGACUCAAUCACUCGGAAGUGGUUUUGCGAGUCGAAUGUUCUCAAAACUUCGGAGAUGACUUGCCCAGUGUUUCUCGCGGUAGCAAAAGAUCCAACUGAUGUGAAGUAUACGCUUCCCUUUGCUGCCCAGACGACUGUCGAACAGCCUAUGGGAACCGGUAUCAAACAAUAA